GGCCCAUCCCACACCUGAGGCAGGAAGAUGGUGGCCACAGAGAAGACGAAAAAAUCUCUGGAAUCCAUCAACUCUAGACUCCAACUUGUUAUGAAAAGUGGAAAGUACGUGCUGGGGUACAAGCAGACACUGAAGAUGAUCAGACAGGGGAAGGCAAAAUUGGUCAUCCUCGCCAACAACUGCCCAGCUUUGAGGAAAUCUGAAAUAGAGUACUAUGCCAUGUUGGCCAAAACUGCUGUCCAUCACUACAGUGGCAAUAAUAUCGAACUGGGCACAGCAUGUGGAAAAUACUACACAGUAUGCACACUGGCGAUCAUUGAUCCAGGUGAUUCUGAUAUCAUUAGAAGCAUGCCAGAACAGACCGGUGAAAAAUAAACCAUGCAAAAUUUUUCAUUAA